UGUGGUACAAUAUACCUCUACGUACAUGAAGUGUCUCCUGAUAGUUUGCUAUGUACGAGGACAUGUAAUGCAUUUAAUUAUUUUCAUUACAGAACUUUGAACCGCUUUGAACCGAAGGAAAUCUGACUAAAAUGCUCUCGCGUGCUUUGAAAGAACAUCAAGCGAAUCAAGCAGUUCAACGGGAAAAACAAGGUAUUCUAAUCUUCACGCAAAGCAACCGAAAUUUCUUCGGUUUUGUCGUUCGUGAGCAACUAUUUUGCAACUGAAUUGCUGGCCCUUGCAUACGUUCAGAUGUACGUUAAAACUAAUUAAUAAUCUUUCGUUCAUAUUCUAUGUAAGUCGAUAUUCUGAUUAAGGAAACGUAAUUAAGUUUCCAAAACAAGUAACAGUUUCAUGUAGUUUCUGGAAGCGGCGUUAAAGAUGAAUACAAACCAUUUUGCUAAACUGUGCAAAUUUCAUCGAAUUUGGAAGUAGGAGAAAUGACGUUUGAAAUUUCCCUCUAUGUUGCUGGUGCAAAAUUUUAUUUUCGCUCAUUUAGACAGGUCGUAAUGUUGUUCGUGGCUUUUAACCGCAAAGGUUUGUUCAAAACUGCAGUGUCUGGGGCACCCUAAAGUCAAUUUGUCUCACAGACAAAACCACCAGCUGUGGUUUUACAGCAUAGCAGCCAAUUGCAAGUGAUUGCUUGAGAGUUGAGAGGAUUAAUGAAUGUGAAAAGUAGGAAAUGUCAGAGAGCUAAGAAAUACAGCCGUUUGGUUUGCAUACAAUUGAAGAAACUGUUCAGUGGUUUUACCUUUUGGUAGCACUGUUUCUUUUAGUAGAGUUUCCUUUUCAAGGGACUUGCUUUAUAUGGCCAUUUCAGGAUGUUAUGUCAACAAAGCAACACCAAAAGAAAAGGGAGGAGUCAGAAAUGUUCAUCAAGAUCCCUAAGUUUUGAUGUCCAAAUAGCUAUUGAUUGCUAUUGUGAUUUAUUUAAUUUUCAACUCAGAAUUUUGCAUCUCUAGUGGUCUGAUUUGUUCACCCAACUGUGGUUAUCAGCUGAUAUUCUGAUUCAUCUCAUAUGGGAAUGCAUUGUGCCAUUGGUUACCAAGUUGAGAAAAGGCUCCAAAUAUCCAAACAUUCAGGAUUUGAUGAAAUUUAAUAACUUAAAGACAAUUAUUCUAUUCACACUUGUUGGACACAAGUUUAGUUAUGGCGACUCAGCACUACUGUCUAUUUGGCUUUUUACCAUCUCAUAUCCAACAUGCACAUUUAGAAUAAUUGCUAAAUAUUUGUAAGGAGCUACAUUUAAUUUAAAGGUUUGUUCCAUGUUAUUUGCUAAUAAUGUUGCUUGAAAACCUGAAAGAUGUAUAGAAAGCCUUUAUACUUAGUCCAAAAGGCUGUCAGUAGCCAGCCAGGCAAUAAUAUUUUCAAAUGCCCAGUAUAGUCCUGGACAUGUUUUCAUUGAAAAACAUGAGACAAAAAGCCUGAGGGCUGUACAAGAUGGGCAGUGCCAUACAAAGGUGUACUGCUACAACCAGCUGCAAAAGUAGUUGAGACAUGUUACCAUGACAGGAAAAGAGACAAUUGUUCACCAUGUGAUCCAACAUAAUUUAUUUCUCCCUUUCUAAUGUUGGUAGCUAAACAGUACCAUGUACAAAACCUUGAUGAGUCAGGAUGGGGGCAGCUAGUAGUUUUUUUGCACUAAAGUUCUUUUUGGCCAUCUGAUGAAGUUGUUAAGUGCACUUUUUGCUCAAGGUGACUCUCAACAUUUUGUAACUGGUUGUAGCUGCAAGGUACAUGUAAAAGAAGGAAGGAAGGUACAGAAAAUGAAAACUUAAGUUGCAGUUUACAAAAUUACAGUCUUUCCCCUUUACUAGAGAUAUAUCUCUCUGAAAGAAAUCGUCUGAAGUCACCCUGUUUCAUGAGUACCUGUUCAUUUAAAGAAACAAAUAAUAUAUUAUGGUGUUAUUUCAGUGUUUUUUAUUUUGUCAUUGACGUAGAACACUUAAGACGAGAAGCUGUGGUAGCAUCCUCAAGACUAACAUACAAACUAAUGGACACUCUUAACACUGGGUAAGUGAUAAAACAUUGUUUGGCUUGCUCAGUGAUUGCUUACCAUUAUUGUAACAUAUUGAAUGACCUCAACUUUUAUGCACAUACAGCUGGUUGUUUAGCAUGCAAAGUUGUUGGCCCCACUUUGCUUUUGGGAGAUGUAAUGGACUCUCAAUUUAUAGGUCUGUGUUUGAGUCCUGGCUGUGUUCCAGUGUUGUUUUCUUAGGCAAAGCACUCUACUUUUUCAGUGCCUCUCCUCUAUUAAGAGAAUUGUUGGGUUAUCCUCAGUGAAACUAAGAUUGGCUCUUGCAGUGUGGUGUACUUCAGCUGCUUUAGGGGCAGUUUCCUUACCAGGAUUAAGUUAAUUUGAAAAAUUGACUGCCAACUAAAGAUUAGCUCAUGAUUUUAAACAAAUUCCCCCCUUCAGUACCUUAGGAAAUUUACAGAGAACAUAUGGAGAAUGUGCUUACUGAGUUUGGGAUGUGAAAGGUUAAAAAGGUUAUUUCAAAGGAAAAUAAAUUAGGAUGAAAAGAUGGAUUGUUAUUUUAACCAUCUUAGGCUCGACAAAAUCACUGAACACACUUUUUCUCCUACUUUAAGGUUUCCAUCUCUCCUCACAUUAGAUCCUAGAUUAGUUUUAAAUCUUUGAUGAGAUGGACUGACUAUUUUGAAAAUGAAAUGUAAAUGGCAGGUUUGAUUUACUUUCCCCAUUUUCCCAUUGAUUUGAAUGACAAAUAUUAUUCAGGUGGGAAAUGGAGCUUUCUAUCUGGAAGUAGUUUUUUUCGUGGAUUGCAUAAUUUUGGCUUUUAUUUAACAUUCUACCUUUUUAUUAAUGUAAUAAAAAGGUGAUUUGUUUUACUUCCCACAGUGUAGAACAAGCUUAUGUCAAUCAGCGCAAAUUAGAAACAGAGGCCAAGCAGUUACAAGCUCAUGCAGGUUUGAAAAUACUCCAGAUGGUGUGUUAUGUUUUGUGAGUUGUAAGGUCCAAUGUGUUUUGUCUUUGUACUGUUCAAGAUCUUAAAUAAAAUCAAAAUGGUGUCGUGAUGUUGAGACUUGCAAGAAACGUCUAACAGCUAGAUGCAAGACGUUUCAAACUCAAAGCAAACUUAUAGUGGCGUUUAUUAAUAUUAAAAUUAUUGGCCAGUUAGUUAAGUCUGCGAUUGACUGCAGUAUCUCCUAAUAUGUUUCCCAGAAGGAACAACACUACAGUAUGUUAUAAAUGUUUGUGGUAGACCCAGAGAAGCUUCUAUGGUUUUCUCAAACAAGGAUUCAAGGAAUGGGCUGUUGCUGAGUGGCUAGGGGACUGGACUUGUAUCCUGGUGGACCCAGGAUUGAUCCACGCUUUUUGCCCUCAAUGUUUAUGUUUUGGUGUAGGCUCAGAGACAACCUGUUUCCUAAUUGAUGUCAAAUUUUGCGCCCUUUGAUACUCUCCUCAGCAAGAUUUUCUAAACAGACAGUACAAUGGCUUCAGAUGUUGGAGGCUUUCAAUAAGGCUUUAAAGGUAAUUAGCUUCUUUCUCUGUAUGUUUAAAGUCAGGGCUCCUAUCAAGGCAGGGUUUUUGGGUAAAAGCACACUUACGUUGUACCAAUGUUCAAAUUCUAAUGCAACGAAUGCACAAAACGAGGCAAAAGGUUCUUUCAACUAUCGCACGAUUCAUACUAACAAAUGUGAUGCAAAUUAAAACAAGACUCUUUUUGAAUGAGGUUCACCCCUCCAAUUCAGAAAUGUAGUCUCGCCGAGAAGCCCUGUCAAAUAAGACUCUCUUUUCAUGCUCAGUAUAUUUGUUCGAAAGGAACUUGGCGACGUGGAAAACUGGUCAAGAGUAAUAGAGGCUGACAUGACAGCCAUAGCAAGUGCUUUGGAAUACGCUUACAAAGGUUAGAGAAAAGUCAGUAACAUGUAUAGUUUUCAAUGAACUGUGGGGUUAUGUUUCAUCAGUCGCCUUUCAGAUCUGCAGAUAAUAAUCUAGGUCUAUCUCGAUUUAAAUUACCGACCAGACAAUAUUCAAGUUUUGUUCCACCAGUUCCUCAUGUUUCCCAUGUCACUCAUUCAAAAAUCCCCUCAGGGUACAGUAUGUGGACAAUCAUACAACGGCGACUGGGUGUGUUACAAUCUCAUGAUCAUCUUAUGAUGUGGAACAUACACUGUACUAUUAAACAUGAUACUUCACACAGCUUGAGAGCUGCCUUUUCUUAGCGCUGCGACACGAGCGGCGAAAUUAGCCCGCGUACAAAUGAUCUAAUGCUAGAAAAUAAAAUUUUCUAACACAACUGUUUUACCUUUUCAUUUUAAACAGGAGAUGGCCCUAAAGCUUCAUAGUAGUUCAACCUGAGAGCUGUCCCCAACAUAGAGAUAAUAGAAGGUUCCUUAUGAC